AUGUCUAGUGGAAACCACGUAUCUCGAUACGACAAAAGGUCGUGUAGCGGUUCUCCUAGGCACAAAUCGCGUGAUAGGUCCCACCAUCGCAGGCAUACUUCUAGAAGCCGUUCGCGCUCUAGGCAUGCGCAUUCACAUUCCCAUUCGCAUUCAGUACAUGCUCAUAGUCGUUCUAGGUCCAGAUACUCAGGUUCUAGACAUUCUCAUAGUAGAUCUAAGCAUUCUCACAGCCGUAGUAGGCAUUCGUCCAGAAGUGAUAGGGAUGAGAUUGAGGAGGCCAAGCUCAGGGCGGAGAAGCUCAAACAGAUUAAAGAAUUUAAGCGCAACAAAGAACAAGAAGAGGCCAUGAGGACUGACUUAACAGUUUUGGUGGCCAAUUUGCAUAUGAAGAUAACUGAAAGGGAGAUUUAUGAACUUUUCUCCGAUGGCGCUGGCAAGAUAAGAGAUAUACAGCUUGUCCGUGAUCAAAGAACUGGUAGGCCAAAGGGCGUUGCAUAUGUGGAAUUUUAUACCAAUGAUUCAGUGAUCAAAGCACUGAGUAUGAGUGGCCACUUUUUGCUAAACCAACCCAUUAGAGUAACCGCGUCACAGGCCGAAAAGAACCGAGCCGCUAAAGCUUCAAAGGAAUUUCAGACAAAUGAAAGCGAAAUGCCUUUGAGAUUGUAUGUGGGCGGGCUAGUGGAUUCUCUGGUCAACAUUAGUGAGAAUGAGCUGAGACAAUUAUUUGUUCCAUUCGGAGAAAUCUUAAGUGUCGAGCUUCACCGCGAUCCCUUCACUGGCAAACCAAAAGGAUUCGCCUUUAUCGAAUACAAGAGGGCAUCAGAAGCCCGUGAGGCUAUGUUGGCAAUGGAUGGCUUUGAAAUUAGUGGGAGGAACAUCAAAGUAAACCUCACAUCUGACAACCGGCCCAAUGCAUAUACAGCACUUAAUGGAUUAAACAAUGCGCAGAAAAUAACAAAUGAUCUUGACAGGUUGGAGAAAGAGAAAAUGGAGGAAUAUGACAGUGAUCUGAUGCCUGGUGCUGUGUCUAAGAUAGAACUAAUGAAACGACUAAAUCGCGAUGGAGACUUACCAACUUCUAACAAGACAAGUUUGGAUGCGGCGAAAGUUAUACCUGGUGUAUCAGCUCCCGGAAAUUCUGCUACAGUUGGUGUAACUGAGAAUAUAGUUCUAAGUAACAUGUUUAGCGCUACAGAUCCACAAAUUAUGGAGGAUCCCGAAUUUUUUACUGACCUUGUGGAAGAUGUAAAAAGUGAGUGUAAGAAAUACGGCAAUGUAUUGCAGGUUUACAUAAACAAAAGUGUGCCUGACGGCAUGGUAUGGGUCAAAUUUGCAACUGUAGAACAGGCUGUGGCAGCAUUUCAGAGCCUAAAUGAUCGUUUCUUUGGUGGAAACUCUAUUAGUGCCGCAUUUGCAACAAACCAUACUUGGUUGAGUACAUGUAAGGCUUUAAAGUAA